AUGUCUUCCGCGCUGCGAAGACCUUCUACUCUAGGAAGAUCAAUGUGGCGAAAAGUGUCGCUUCCCAAUGGUAUUACUUGCAACCAAGCAUCCAUAACCACACCACCGACAACAACCCCAGAUCAUGUUCAAACGAAACUCCCACCAGUCGCGGGACACGAGAAUACACAGCGGUUUCGCGAGUUCAACCUUGAAGGGCGCAUCGUGGCGGUAACAGGAGGCGGCCGCGGUCUUGGUCUAGCCAUGGCAGAAGCGUUGAUGGAAGCAGGGGCGAAUGUAUGGUGUCUCGACCGUCUCGAAAUCCCCGAUCCUGAAUUCGAAACUGCCAAGGAGCGUUCCAAAGGCGCCUACGGUGGCAGUAUGAACUAUACUCGCAUCGACGUGCGCGACCAAGCCCACGUCAACAGCGUAAUGGCCGAAAUUGCGGGGGAAAAGAAACGUCUCGAUGGGAUUAUCUGCGCUGCUGCGAUCAACCAUGUGCACAGCGCCAUCGGCCAUUCACAAGAGGCGUUGGAGGAGGUCAUGAAAAUCAACUAUAAUGGGGUUUUCAACUCGACUACUGCGGCUGCAAAACAGAUGUUCCAUCGCAAAAAUAACGGCUCGAUUCUGCUGGUCGCGACCCCCCUGGGGAGGUGUUUAGCUAUGGAAUGGGGUCGGCAUGGGAUCCGUGUUAACAGUCUUUGUCCCGGCCACAUUCUUACACCCAUGGUCGAGCAGGUUUUUGAACAGACCACUGCGGCACGAGCUACCUGGGAGGCGGAGAAUAUGCUGGGCAGACUGGCGCAAGCGGAAGAGUUCAGGGGCGCUGCUUUAUUUGCAAUGAGUGAUGCUAGCGCCUUCAUGACCGGCAGUAAUCUAGUGAUUGAUGGUGGGCACACGGCCUGGUAAUGAAAGCAGGAAUAGACAGAUGAUAGAGACGAGGCCUUGAUGUCCUGACAUUUCCUUAUUUUCCGUAUUUUCUUCUAUUAUUUUCAGGCAUAAACGCAGAGGCGCAUGGGUCUGAUGCGAGACUUCAAUCUUGUUAUUUGGCGCAAAAGAUUUACUAACGGAACUUUGCAGUUCGACAUGUUUUCGCAUGUCCCAAGGGUGUGUUCUCAUUCAUUCCGUUUUUUGCUCUCUGAUAAUCGACGGUGUUUGGUUAACUGGGUCUCUUGCAGAGUCAUGUAUAAAUGAGUGACCGUG